UCCUCCUCGCGCGCAUGCGCACGGCCCGUCCCCCGCCGCCACCGGUCCUGACAUCUUCAUCCUCCUCCUCCUCCUCCUCCGGGUGACUCUCUUCAAUACAACUUUCCUGCCUUCAACAUUCAAGUGGUGUCGUCUGAAACACCCCCAAAUUCAAAAUAAACAAGAUUUGUGAAUUCCUUGGACCAACGUGAAUUAUAUGAAAAAAAAAAGGCACCAUGGAGGUCCUUUUCAACAGAGGAGGCCGCGUUGGAGAUUUUAAACGGAUCGGAUUCUAUUUGUUAGUUUUAAUAAAUCUGGUUGCUCUGGUUUGCACCGAUCAAGAUUAUUACGGUCUACUUGGAGUAUCGAAAGAAGCAAAUAGUAGAGAAAUAAGACAAGCUUUCAAGAAGCUGGCAUUAAAAUUACAUCCAGAUAAAAACCAGAAUGACCCAAAUGCCCAUGAAAAUUUUUUGAAAAUCAAUAGAGCAUAUGAAGUAUUAAAAGAUGAAGAUCUUCGAAAAAAGUAUGAUAAGUAUGGAGAGAAAGGACUCGAAGAUAAUCAACAAGGAGGUCAAUAUGAAAGCUGGAACUUUUACCGAUAUGAUUUUGGUAUCUAUGAUGAUGAUCCUGAAAUCAUAACAUUAGAUAGAGGGGAAUUUGAUGCAGCUGUUAAUUCCGGAGAGCUGUGGUUCGUCAACUUCUAUUCUCCCCGAUGUUCACACUGUCACGAUUUAGCUCCAACGUGGAGGGACUUUGCUAAAGAUAUGGACGGACUGAUUCGCAUCGGAGCCGUCAACUGCGGCGACAAUAGGAUGUUGUGCCGAAUGAAAGGAAUAAACAGUUAUCCGAGUCUCUACAUUUUCAAGUCUGGAACGAAUCCAGUGAAGUAUUACGGAGACAGAACAAAGGAGAAUUUAGUGAGUUUUGCCAUGCAGUACGUCACGACCACAGUAACAGAAUUAUGGGCAGGAAAUUUUGUUAAUGCCAUUCAAACUGCCUUUGCCUCUGGUGUUGGUUGGCUCAUCACCUUUUGUUCCGAAGGAGGAGAUUGUUUGUCUUCACAAACACGCCUUAAACUGGCUGGCAUGUUGGAUGGCCUCGUUAAUGUAGGGUGGAUGGAUUGUGCCACCCAAGGGGAACUUUGUGAUAAUUUGGAUAUCACAUCUAGCACCACAGCCUACUUUCCACCUGGCGCAACGUUGACUAAUAAAGAGAAAGGAAGCGUUUUGUUUCUCAACUCCUUGGAUUCUAAAGAAAUAUAUUUGGAAAUAAUGAAGCACCUUCCAGAUUUUGAAUUGAUUUCUGCGGGCUCAUUCGAGGAUCGUCUGGCCCACCACAGAUGGCUGCUUUUCUUUCAAUUUGGCCAAAGUGAAAAUUCAGAUGGUCACGAGUUAAAAAAACUGAAAAAUCUCCUGAGAAAAGAGCACAUUCAGGUUGGGAAGUUUGACUGCCUUUCUGCCCCAGAUAUUUGCAGUAAUCUCUAUGUUCAUCAGCCAUGUCUAGCAGUAUUUAAAGGAAAAGGAACUGAAGAUUAUGAAAUUCAUCAUGGAAAGAACAUUCUAUAUGAUGUUCUUGCAUUUGCCAAAGAGAGUGUCAACUCUCAUGUUAUUACACUUGGGCCUCAGAAUUUUCCUGGGAAGGAAAAAGAGCCAUGGCUGGUGGAUUUUUUUGCUCCUUGGUGCCCUCCGUGUCGAGCCCUGUUGCCGGAGUUGAGGAAGGCAUCCAAGCACCUGAACGGACAGCUGAAAUUCGGCACUCUAGAUUGCACGGUGCAUGAGGGAUUGUGCAACAUGUAUAAUAUUCGGGCCUAUCCAACAACGGUGGUGUUCAACCAGUCCAACAUUCAUGAGUAUGAAGGACAUCAUUCAGCCGAACAGAUCUUGGAGUUCGUGGAGGAUCUCAUGAACCCUUCCGUGGUCUCGCUGACACCAGAGUCCUUCGUUGAACUAGUGAAGCGGAGAAAGCGGGAUGAAAUGUGGCUGGUGGAUUUCUACGCCCCGUGGUGUGGGCCCUGCCAGGCUCUAAUGCCCGAGUGGAAGAGGAUGGCCCGGAUGAUAAAUGGACUGAUCAAUGUCGGCAGUGUGGACUGCCAGAAACAUUACUCCUUGUGUCAUGAAGAAAACGUCCAGGGGUAUCCUGAGAUAAGACUGUUCCCUCAAAAAUCAAAUACAGCUCAUCGAUACUAUAGCUACAAUGGCUGGCAUAGGGAUGCAUAUUCUCUAAGAGGUUGGGCCCUCGGAUAUUUGCCUCAAGUGUCCAUAGAACUGACACCGCAGACCUUCAACGAAAAAGUCUUACAAGGAAAAGAUCAUUGGGUCGUGGAUUUCUACGCUCCGUGGUGUGGACCUUGCAAAAACUUUGCUCCAGAAUUUGAGCUACUAGCCAGGACUGUUAAAGGGAAAGUGAGAGCUGGAAAAGUGGACUGUCAGGCUCAUGGUAAUACCUGUCAAAAAGCUGGUGUCAGAGCUUAUCCUACUGUUAAAUUUUAUCCCUACCAGGGAGAAAAGAAAAGCGCCCAUGGUGAGCACAUAGACAGUAGAGAUGCAAAAGACAUAGCUAAUCUACUGACAGCAAAGUUAGCAGCGUUACAAAGUAAAGGAAAGAAGAAAAGCUCCUCUAGAAACAAGGAUGAACUCUAAGCACCGUCGAAGGUGGAGCAAAUCCAAAGGAAACCGAAGCUGUGACCUCAGAAGGCAGUGUUUGAAUCGACAUAGAAUGCCACUGCAGUAAUAAUAGGAAAAAAAAAAAUGAAGAUUAUUUUGGACUCAUAUUCGCCCUGCCUGCCUCCUCAUCACCUUUUGGUGCGGACAGGCUCUGUUUCCACGGCGGGCGGACCACGGACCCAUGGAAAAUGGACUCUAUCGCCAGCGUCCAGCGGCUCACCGGACGGACAAGAGGUUUUAAAUCUCCCAACCCCAGGUUUAGGGCUGGUUCGAGGUGAGGCCGCUUGGUUUUCAACCACUCUUUGUUUUACUGAACUUUAUUCUUAAACCGCAUACUCCAUGAGAAAACUACAGGCUCUGUGUGGCGGGAAAUACGGAUAGCCAGGCUCUGGCUAUCGUGCUGCUUGAAUUAUCUCUCUAAAGUGCAAAGAUGCUGUAAUCCUUCAAUCUCCCCCUUAUGGAGCCAGAAGAAUUUGUUUUAAUGUUUCCCCACGGAAAAUGUAGUUCUCUACAGUAGCAGACCCACUCGAAAGAGAACUGAUGUAGACACUAGGCAUUGAGUUCUUCAGUUUCUUUUGUUUUUUUUUAAACAGGGAUUAAUCUAAAAUUCCAAAUUAAAAUUCAAAACCUUACCCAAAAGGAUUGGGAUAUUUAUUUAAAGGGUACUUGCAGCCCAAAAGUGCAAGAAUUCAGCAGUUUGUUGGGGUUUUUUAAUAUAUAUAUAUAUAUAUGUGUGUGGUGUUAUGAACUAUAGACUUGAAUUUGGGGCAUCUAGUUUUCACCACUUUUUGGAAUUAAAUUUUAAAUUUUGAAUAUUA